AUGAGCUCUUCAGCUGGUUCUGACUCGGAACGUGAAGGCUCUCUCCCAAUGGCAACAAAAGAGCAUUCAGAUGGCCAAGUAGCCUCAAGCAAGGCAAAGUCCCGAGCGGAAGGCGUUGCGCCCGCAAAUGGGAGCGGGAAGGACGAAGAUUGGGAAUACAAGCCGCCUCCAGGCUUUACACUGAUAGACCAUGAUGUUGACGUCGGCAAAUUCGAUUGGGACGCGCUGAAGGACGACGAGAACCUUGAGCUGUGGGUGAUUCGCAUGCCGAAAGGGCUCGAAGCAAAACACCUAGAAAAUGUGAAGCUCGACGUGCCAUCUUCUUCCCGUGCGACCCGCAUAGGAUAUAUAGACCGUAAAAGCACUGCCUACGAUGUGUGGUCGCUGGGCGAUGGUUCGGCAGACGUUGUGGGUGGCGAGGAGCUUAAAAGCCUAAGCUGCCUCUUACCGAGGAAAAGGAAGGGCGGGAGAUUGUAUCAGGCACCCAGGCCGAUUGCGCGCCAUCUUGUGAUCACCGCAAAACCGGUGUUACCUACACUUGCAGCACCAGAAGCGUCAAGCUCCGGCUCUGCACCCAUGUAUAAGAACCCUCCGCGGCCUCGCUAUCCUUCGGAAGUCUUGACACAUCGCUUUAUGCCGAUCGGUUCAGUUUCUUCCACAAACACUUUACUGGACUCGAUGGAUGUAGAUCAGGUGGAGGAUUCGUCGAUGUCGCCUUCUACGCAGGGACGUCCCUCCGCUGAUGUAUUUGCAACUGCUGGUGAGCUGCCGAAGAAGAAAAAGAGGAAGGGAGAGAGCAGUCGUGUCAAAACGUCUCGGAAGACGAAAACAGCUGCCUGA